UGAAACGGAUAGUUAACCUUGUGACAGACUACACCUGUGCCAAACACCAUUCUUAAUCACUCCUCUACAUCCCUACCAAUCACAUCGUAGCACGGGCGUUUUGAUGUGCGACUCCACCCUUUGCGCAUUCAUUUCGGUGGAAGUGUUGUUCCCUGUGACCUCGCUUCUUGCCCAAGCUUAUCUAUGUGGAAGCUUGCGCGAUUUUGGCUUCCAGUCUGCAUCGCUGUUGACGGAAAAGACCCGAGACAUAGUCACAUCGAUGGAAUCUCCACAAUGAUGGUUGAAGCCCUUACAGGACAUAAUUUCCUCACGACGCCAGCACGUUAUCCUCGUUGCUCCCUACACCACCCUGAAAAACCACCACGCCAGGUCCCUAGCACGAACACAAUGACUCGGUGUAAGUAUUCGAUGUGUUCAGUCGAGAACAUUCUAGGCUUGAUAUAUGGGGAAUAGAUAUCAACUUUCAAGUUAUAAGUUCAUCGCAAGGGAAACCCCUCUCAUAGGAUCUGGAUUGUCCAUCGUACUUAUCGAU